AUGGCGCCCCGCGGUCGUGGAGGAAAGUUCUCCAAGCCCUCACGAGGAGGAGGAAAGAAAUUCAGUCGCGAUCUCCAGCCCAUCGACAAGGACGGCAACCCAGUCGGUCUCUGGCGCGACCCCGAAGAUGAGAUCAAAUCAUCCAGCGAGGAGGAUUCAUCGGAAGAGGAUUCCUCUGAAGAGGAGAGCUCAGACGACGGCGUCGCCGCCGCAGGAUCCGGCGUCCAGGCCGCAGCCACCUCAGAGGCGACCCGCGAAGCCCGUAAAGCCGCUGCCAAAGCCAAGAAGCUAGCGGCGAUCGCCCGACGAAAGAAACAAGCCGCCCAGCCCGGUGACCUGCCGCCCUCGGACUUUGAAGAAUCCGAGGUGGACGAGGUGCUGCCCGCGAACCCCAACCACACAGCCAAGUCCCGCUCUCAGCUGACGAAGAUCGAGGACGAGGACGAGGAGCCCAAGAAGGAGAAGAAGGACCUGUCGCAGCUCUCGCGGCGAGAGCGGGAGGCCCUCGAGGCACAGCAGGCACGCGAGCGGUACAUGAAGCUGCACGCGGAGGGCAAGACCGACGAAGCACGGGCUGAUCUCGCGCGGUUGGCGAUUAUCCGUGAGCAGCGCGAGGCGGAGCGAGCUCGCAAGCAGGCUGAAAAGGAGGAGAAGGAGGAGCAGGCCAGGGAGCGAGCUGCGGCUUCGAAGGAGCGCGAAGACAGGAUGCGGGCUGCUGCCAUGGGUAAGCCGAAGAAGGGAAGCAAGAAGAAAUAA